AUGAGUAUUCUGCUUCAACAUGAAGGAGUUGAAAAAAUUCGUAACGCUAAUCGGACUUAUAUAGCUGCAGUUGGUAUACUACCGGAAGUAUGUAAAAAUGUACACGAUACUCCUUCUGUUAUUGGUGAUCUUUUGGCAGAACUUACUCAGUUCGCUUUGGAUGUAUCAGCAUUUGCUGCCGAUCAUAGCAUUACACUGAAUAUAGGUAUUGACUGUGGUCCGGUACUUUCUGUUGUGACCAGUGCUGAACAACCAAAUUAUGAGAUUUACGGCAAUACAUGUUUACGGGCAUAUGAACUUAUGCGCCGUGCAGACUGUUAUGGUAUCAUGGUUUCGGAAGAGAUAUUUUUAGCCUUACGUCCGCGUGAUUUCAGUUUUGAUCCUCGUCCAUUAAAAAUUUCGCAAGAUUUGACUGCAUACGUGUUUGAUGAUUGCUAUCCGGAAGAGAAUAAUGAAAAUGAAACAAGAGCUGCCACAUUACCUGUGGAACAGACAACGGAUACGCAAAAUGAAAUGAUGGCAUCGAUGAAUUCAUCCUUUUCUUCUGAAGUGUAUUCGGUUGAUGUUGGCGGAAUAGAAACGGAUUCUGAAAUGGAGUGGAUUACACCGGAAAUGUUGCAUUACGAAAGGAAAGAUCAGCCGUCAACAUCGGCAAUGUACUCUUCUGAAGUCAUCUAUAUACCCACUGAGGAUUCAGAGUGUGAUCGCUCAACAACACCAGAAUGGUCGUCUAGAAAACGGCGUUUAAAACGAAGUAGAUACCCUGGUUGGUUGAGCCGUUCAGUGACUUCUGAUACAAGUAGGUCUCGGAUUGAACGUGCUGAAAGGCUGGCUGCUGCCGCAAAUCGAGUUGAUCGUAUGCUUGAGGAAUUAAAUGCUGUUGCGGAUUUGGAUACUGGUUUAGAAUGCCAUCCUUUCCCGACUUCAGCAUUAUCAGCCUCAAGCCGAAGUAUUAGGUCGGUCUUCUCAAAGCGUGAAUUGUCUAGUGCGUGUCAUACGGAGUACGAUAACGCCGAAUCUGAGGGAGUUUUCUCUGAUUCCGAGAUGCUUGACAAUCGAAUAAGACAUCCAAAUAAAAAGCCCUUAAAAAAUAGCGAAAAUCGUAAAAAACGAAGGAGAUUAUGGUCGAAUGUCGACAACGGGAAUGAGGCAGACAUUGACAGCGUCUGUUCUUCACUGAAUUUUUCAUCGAUAUUUAGUAAUCUAAGGUGGAACAGUGUCCACUCAAUUGGGUAUGAUAACGAGUAUGAAAUUGCUUCUAGUGAAGAUCUCAGGGAGUUAGCCAGAAGUCAAAUGGAAGCAUUAAGCCGUGAUAUCAGAAGCAAUUUUGGAGAUUAUCAAUUGGCAACGUUUUCGGAUAAUGAUUUUUGA